UGGCGCCGUGGCCCGACGCCGCGGCCGGCAUCUGCGAGCUGCAGCGCCUCGGCGGCCGCGGCGGCCUCGUCGCCGCCACGCUGUCCAACGGGAACCGGUCGCUCCUGCGCGACCUCGACGCCCACGGCGCGCUGGGUUUCGACCGCCUCCUCUCGUCCGAGGACUUUGGCGCCUACAAGCCGCACCCGAGCACAUACCUCGGCGCGGCCGGGGCGCUCGGGCUCCGGCCGGACCAGGUCGCCAUGGUCGCUGCUCACCUCAAGGACCUCGUUGGAGCGAGAGCUUGCGGGCUCAGGACCAUUUAUGUUGAAAGGCUCGGCGAGGAGGAGUGGGACGAGCAUGAUGACCGUUACAAGGACGCCCGGGAAUGGGUGGAUAUUUGGAUCCCGCUCGAUAGCGAUGGUUUCCUGGAGCUCGCUCGGCGCCUAGGUGAUUCGACAGCUCCAUAAUCCUUGAUUUACAACUCAUCCUGUACCUCCAGCGAGAUAGCGUGAGAGGAGUGAAUGGAACCAUUUUGAAUAUUGCCGAG